GGAACAAAGUGAUUGAACUAUAGUUGGUCACUGGCAUCUCCUCAUGCUGAUGUUAAAUCUCAUCUAUGAUGUGUUCGUGUAGUUGUAGUUUAUGUUUUUGACACACAGAUAACUGGAGAAUGAGAAAUGGGCAAGAAUAUUCCCAUUCCAUAUUCUCACCUCCUGGAUGGAUUGUUGCUGAAGGUGCUGAAUUAGUUUACCUUUUACUAAAACAUGGAAAUUAUACUGUUACCUGCUCGAGCUGGAAGGCAUGAAGAACUGUUAAGUGGCCAGAAUAGGAAGGGGGCUGAAGCAUUUUUUAACGAGUUGUUUUGGGUUUUUUUAAGAGUGUCUCCACUAGAGAGCAGCAAAAACCUGUCUUCCUAGAAGCUUUGCUAUUCAGCUGAUUAGGCAUUGUUUUCCUCUGUUGUGGGAGGGGGAGAGUAGCUUCAGAAGGAAGCGGUGAUUUAUUUGUGCCGAGGAAAUCAUUCCGUUGUGUGUGACAGUGAAUUGUGUCUUGGCAGGAGACGAGAAGAUAGUGGCAUCAAACCGGAAUAAAAGUAUAAAUUUUAUCAAAUGGCACUAAGUGGGAAUUUUGUAGCAAAAGAGAGGUAGAAACAAAGUGAAUGAUAGGGCACAAAAUGCUUUAUUUAGUCAUGGUUGGAACAGUGUAUCUCUACAGCUUCACAGGACCAGGAAGACGAAUAAGUGUAACAAGGGCAACCCGAGUGUAAUCUUUCACUUCAAGCAGCUUGGCCUCUGCCCAGUGACUCAGUGUAAAUAUGUAUCACUGAAUAUCUGUCUCUUGCUGUAGGCACUCUCAUGCAUGUGCAGUUAUGCUGAGCCACAAUUACCGUUUAAAUAGAAAAAGUCGCGGGUGAAGCAAGUGAGAUAAAAGUGUGCUCACUUUCGAAGUUGAAAGAAAUAGUGUGUGUAAAUAUUUUAGGAAAUUUUUAAUGGUUUGGAUAGAGUAAAAAUAAUUUGUUCAGGCAUAAAUUACCAAAGGGACAACAAUGUGAAAAGAAAUGUUAAAUUUUCUUGUAAUUAAACUCUCAAUAAUAAGACUUUCUUUACUUUCCUGAUGAGGCAGGGAAAGAUGUGCAAAAAGUGAUGCUGAUAAGAUUUACCUUCCUGAAUGCCAGUUCUCAUUUCAUCCACCUUCUAGUUAUUUUUUUUCAAUAAUCUUCAUAGUAAAAAAUAAUUUUGUAAUCCCAUUUGUAGGAUUUUCUUCCUCCCUUUUUCUGGCUGGUCUAUGUUCUGGUGAAUCUCUCGGAAACAGGGUUAUCUUUCUAUAGUGAGUCCUCAGCAUUUGAUCAAAUCUCUUCAGUAACAGUAGAAGAUGACUGACAAUGAUUUAGUUUGACUCAAAAUCUUGGGGUAAGGGGGUGUUUUAAGAGAAUGUUUCUCAGGAUUCUGACUUUGAGAUUACAUACAUGGAUACUUGAGAUCAGAUUGCCAUUUAUUUAAAUCCAUGAUAUCCAGUGACAGAGUGGUUUAAAAUCCAAGGCAAUUAAUGAGGUUAUAUUAAACUCUUGACUUUAAGUGAAAUGCUAGAUUUCAGAUUUGGGGAACCUUUUGAUUGCCAGCUGUUAAUCCUCAUCCUUUUGGUCUAAAGUUUUUGUAUGUAGCCUUGAAACAGACUAUUUUUAUGGCUCAGGACAUUUUUUUUAUUUUGAUCAUAAAUGUUUAAGGUUUUAAAUUUGUCUAGGUUUCUAUAUUUUAAUGUUUCUAUGCGCGCAUACACAAGUCCUAGCCAGCUUUUGCUCUUCACAGUUGAACAAGUGGACUCAAGAUUUAUUGAUACUUUUAUCGUUGCUCCUGCACCAUUUUCUGCAUGGCUUUGGUGCUGUAAAUGCAGGAAGGAGCAUAGAAAGAAAUUAGGAGUAGUAGUCUUCCUUCUCCAAGAACUUCUGCAAUGUGAAGAAUGAAACCUGAUCAUCUUGGAGAAUUAGAGUGUUACUGCCAGCUAUGUACAAAAGACAACUUUACGUGUGUGACAGAUGGAGUAUGUUUUGCCUCAGUAACACGAACUGCAGACAAAAUAAUGCGCAACAGUAUGUGUAUAGCAGAAAUUGAUCUGAUUCCCCGAGACAGGCCAUUUGUUUGUUCCCCCUCCACCAGAGAUGGAGUCCAUACUGUGUCUUAUUGCUGUAACACACCUCUCUGCAAUAAAGUAGAACUUCCAAUUCCAACACCAGGCCCUACUGCAGGAAAACCAGCAUCUAACCUAGGACCUGUGGAACUGGCUGCUGUCAUUGCUGGACCUGUCUGCUUUGUCUGCAUUUCACUGAUGUUGAUUCUAUACCUUUGUCAUAAUCGUACUGUAAUUCAUCAUCGUGUGCCAAGUGAAGAAGACCCUUCAUUGGAUCGUCCCUUUAUAUCAGAAGGAACCACUUUAAAGGAUUUAAUUUAUGAUAUGACAACUUCAGGUUCUGGGUCAGGUUUACCUUUACUUGUGCAAAGAACAAUUGCAAGAACGAUAGUACUUCAAGAAAGCAUUGGUAAGGGUCGCUUUGGAGAAGUCUGGAGGGGGAAGUGGAGAGGAGAAGAAGUUGCUGUGAAGAUCUUCUCUUCAAGAGAGGAACGGUCAUGGUUUCGAGAAGCAGAAAUUUAUCAGACAGUCAUGCUACGCCAUGAAAACAUUCUUGGAUUUAUAGCUGCAGACAACAAAGACAAUGGUACAUGGACUCAGCUGUGGUUAGUGUCAGACUAUCACGAGCAUGGAUCACUCUUUGAUUACCUGAACAGAUAUACAGUAACAGUGGAAGGAAUGAUAAAAUUAGCUUUGUCCACUGCCAGUGGUCUUGCUCAUCUGCACAUGGAAAUUGUUGGCACACAAGGCAAACCAGCAAUCGCCCACAGAGAUUUAAAAUCAAAAAACAUAUUGGUGAAAAAGAAUGGAACUUGCUGCAUUGCAGACUUGGGAUUGGCGGUUAGGCACGAUUCAGCUACAGACACAAUUGACAUUGCCCCAAACCACAGAGUGGGAACAAAAAGGUACAUGGCUCCUGAAGUUCUAGAUGAUUCCAUAAAUAUGAAACAUUUUGAGUCGUUCAAACGAGCAGACAUCUAUGCAAUGGGAUUAGUGUUUUGGGAAAUAGCUCGGCGGUGUUCAAUUGGUGGAAUCCAUGAAGAUUACCAAUUGCCAUACUAUGACCUCGUUCCUUCAGAUCCUUCUGUUGAAGAAAUGAGGAAAGUUGUGUGUGAACAGAAGUUAAGGCCCAAUAUUCCAAACAGAUGGCAGAGCUGUGAGGCACUACGAGUGAUGGCCAAAAUUAUGCGGGAAUGCUGGUAUGCCAACGGAGCCGCUCGGCUGACAGCUCUGCGCAUUAAGAAAACAUUAUCACAACUUAGUCAACAGGAGGGGAUCAAGAUGUAAUCCUGGAUUUGCUACCGAAGAACACUGUAAAAAUCCCUAUCUGCACCAGAGUGGCGUGUUAAGAAGGUUAAUUGUUCUACCUCACUGGGGGAACAGAAGGAUAUUGCUGCCUUUUAGUACUUCAUAGGAACGUCACUUAUUAGGAUUUUUGUGGAUGUGCUAAACAGUUGUGUUGGGUCUUUCUGUGCACUAUGAACCUCUUUCCCAGGUUACUUAUAAAACAUCAUGUACUCUAGCUUCGUUAAUCUAUAGUUUUUUAUUUGGGAAGUUGAUAACUGGUCUGUGCUAGUUAACUGUGCUAAAAGUAGGAGGUCACUUCUAAAAUGAAACUGGUUCACUAUAUUGUUCUACAGUGCAUUGAUGGCUCUUAAAGCAACUUUAUUCCUGCCUGGUACAUUGACUACUCUGAACCAUUCUCGAUUCCUUGAUUCAGAUUGUGAAUGUACUGUUGGAGUAUACCUUGCUAGCUAUUAAGGUAGUGCAUCUUUUGGACUCUGACCUUGACGUACAAAUUGACCUCAUUCAGUUGUGGGAACAUAACUUAUGCAACUAUACUUUAUACAUGAUUACUGGGUUUUUUCCACUUUUUCAGAACAUUACAUUGCCUUCAAAAUAGAUUGUAUUACACCAGUAAGUGCCACUUUUGAGUCUUUUAAUGCAAAAUUGUAGGGAUGUACAAAGCCUAUGGUACUUUUGGUUUCAAAAAUACAAGUUAAAAGUUGUUCCUUUGCCUAGCUAAGAUCUAAAUCUCACUCAUUGCAACAGUGAGUACAUAAUUGAUAGAAUAUCUUCAAUUUUUACCAAAAUCUGACUCUUGAAACCACUGUAGGAGUUUUAAAUAGUGUCAGCUAGUAAAUUCACUGUCGUAUUUUGUAAUUGUCAAGUUACGAGUCAUAAUUAUGUAGAUUUUUUUAUGAAGUGGUACUUCUAAAAUACUUGAAGUACCUAUCUACUUCAGAAAAGUAGCAAGAAGAGUAAAAUGUUAAGGAAGAUUUUGCUUCAUUAAAUAAGUAUGAAAAGCAUAUUUCCUGUGCAGUUCUGCCGAGUCUUAAGGCGCAAAGAACAAUAUUUGCAAUUACACAAGGAUUAAAUGCACCUGUCAUUAGAGAAGUUAUUUGGGCUUUUGUACUAGACAGUUCAAAGCUGCUUAUAAAUUUUAUGUGCAUGUGUGUUGUGUGUGCCUCAUACACAAAGUGGUGAGCUAGAGAAGGUGGUGAACUGCAGGUCUUUGAAUACAAAUAUCAGGGGAUUCCAGCAAUCCUCUUCAUUAUUGGAAGAACAAAGCUUAUGGUGACUUGUGCUGUCACAAGAACACAGAAGAAUAUGUAUAGCUUUAGUCAAGAUUUCCCUGAGUUUUAAGGGUAUCAUACUAUUUUCACAAACUUGAAAUCACAGAAAUCAAAUUGCUUCCUGCCAAAAUAUACAACAAAAACCUGCUGUUACCAGGGUAUCUUUUUAAUUGCAAUUUUUUGGGAAGACUCUGAUUAACCUUUGGUUUCAUUAAUGUCCAAAACAGUAGUGUUUCAGUAUGUAAAUAUGCCUGGUAAUUUAUAUGCUGCCUAACCUGCCACUCUUCAGAACACAUCAGUACCCAUCCCAUUAUGCAACACCCAUGACAACAUUUAACUUGGCUUCCUUUUCAUCCCUCAGCACAGAGCCCACUGAGAGUUUGUUACCAAGAUGGUAGCAGUGGCAGGGUGCUUGCUGGCAGCGGCACAGUCAAGGUUCUGUGCCAUAGUCUGUGAUGUGUGGCAGCUAAAGCAGGAAGAGGAAUGAGGCCCAGGAAGAAGAGGCUACAUAGGUGGCACAAGAAAAGCCUUAAUAUGUAAUUUUUGUGUAUUUCCAUAUUCUUACUGCUUGCUUGGAGAUAAGUUUAAAUGAUGUCAGAAUUACACACCCCCGGAGAUUGAACUGCAAAUAAUGAAAUGCUUUUGUCAACAACAAAAGGGAUGAGUUUAUUCAUACUGCAAGAUAGUAUCCAAGAGGAAAGGGAAAAAUAAGAGGAGUUCUUAGAAAACAAUUAGGCUUAAACAUAUGUACAGCUGUCAUGCUUAUGUUUGUUUGGCAUUAUCUGCCAAGUCAGGCUUAUGUGAUUCAGGCCUCCAUCAAAGCUGGAUUAAAAAUUACUUCAUGCAGGUAUUUUAAAUAAACUAUACCGUUGUGCACAUGGGCAGUUGUGCACCACAGAAAUUUUCAACUGACUGUUUAAAAAAAAAUGUUUGAAUGUAACUCCUGAGCCUAUCUACUGGGCAGCCUCUCUAGCAAGUUCUGUGUGUCCUUACAGAUACUUGAAGAAAACAGGUCAUCAUGAAAAUAGGUCAGGCCCUCCAUGCUAAUUUCGAAGACUUCCUAGCUAGCUAUUUAACUCUUUUGUUUGGUAACUUUGUUAUAUUCCAAGUUUUCACAGCUGUCCUGGGGUCUUUACCAUAGAUACAAAUGGUACAGCUCCUGCUUCAGAAAUUCUAGGCUACUGGUGUGCCUCAGAUCUCUACAGUAAUUUUGGCAGAAACAGGAGAGCUUGCAGAAUAAUUCAUCAAAUAAUUUUAGUGGCUUUUUUAGCACCGACAAAACCUUAUUAGCAUAACAUUUAAUUUCAUAAAAUAUAUGGAACAGUUCUGUUGCAUUUCAAAGAGGAUGUACAGCAGCUGAGCAGCAUCAUGGCAUGGAGAGGAUUCUGUCAAUAAUAUGACUGUGUUAUAUUGUCUCAACCACCUGCAAAUCUUCAUUCUCCUGAAUUGCUAGCAACUGUUCUUACUUUGUUCGAAAUUUAGCUUUGUAAUAGAAGCCUGCAAAAACAAAGCACAGAAGGAUGCUUGACACAGUGUAUAACAUAAGGAACAGUAUUUUAGAACAACCUUAUUAUUCCUAUUAGGCUGCAGAACAGGAAAAUUCUGAAUAGAGCUAUAUGUAUCCUCAGUUCUGACACCACAACUUCAAGCUUUGUUCUUCUUUUCCAUUAUAUGAACUGAACACCUUUUACAAAGGCUGUGUCUGUAUAUAUUAUGUAACUUUAAAUGUUACCUGUGUAAGAUCAUAUCUUAUAUAUAUGGACACAGGUACACGUAAGUAUUUUUUAAAUUAAGAUUGUAAUAUCACCAGAUCUGCUCUUGGAAAUCCAGGGGGACCAAAAUAUUUUAGCAUUCAAAAUAUUAAUUUUGUAUCAUUUCAAGUAUAUACCAAAACAGUUUCUGAUUAAUACUGAUGCAAAUGUUUAUUGUAAAUAUUACAUGCAUUAUAUAUUCACUUAAGUUUUUGGAUUUAAUCAACUUUACAUUUUAGUAGCAUUCAAGCCUCAGUUUGGUUUACAGACUUGUGACCAGAUGGAUAUGAACAUGGAGAACAAGGAGCAUUGGAAAUGGUCUGAUGCUGAAAAGCCUGAAAUGUCAUUUUUGAAAUGCUGGAAUUCUUCAGGGACCUUCCAAACUUAAAAGCUGGAAUUCUGGGAUGUUUCUCAAGCAGACUCUCCAAGUAUGGCACUCUGUCACCCUCCAAUGGUUCUGCUUGUAAUCCUAAGAAAGACUUUGUAUAUAAGUAAAGACGUUGGGAUUGACUGUAUGGGGACAUGAAGGUGUCAAAUGAAGUAAGAGGCUGUUUUAUUUUUUCAGUAAUGGCUCUGAGUGUGAUUGCCAUGAAACUCACCUUUUAGUUAGUUUCUUGUUUAUAUUGUGCCAUUGAAAUGAUUGCAAGGAUGUUAAUCAUUUUGUGUUUCAAAAACAAGCAAACAAAAAAACCCUUCACCAUAUCCGUUGCUUUAAACUCAAAUUACCUCUUAAAAGACCAAGGUACAUUUACCUCAUAUGUAUAUAAUGUUUAAUAUUUUUCAGAAUGUUCUCCAGGUUUGCAGUUACAUGUUUCUAGAAAUAUGGGUAUUACUAAAUUUACAACUUCAGUGGUACUAAGUGUAUUAUCUGGUGCCCCAAAACACUUUAUUUUCUGUAUUUUAUUGUAUUAGCAAGUUUGCUGCUUUGUCACUGUAGCACCUGCCCUUACACAGCUGUGUGGAUACUGCCUUGUAAAUUUUACUUUUUGAAUGAUUUGAAGAUCCUGUACAGAUGAGUGUCACUUUUUUAAACCUUACCAAAUUGUGCAUUUCCCUUACAUUUCUGAAAAUAUGUAUUGUAUUUGUAGAGUAUACAUUUCAAUGGAUUGUAAAUAGGACAGUAGAAGAGUGGAUACUUAUGUUAAGUGCUAACACUACAGUAGAGAGAUUAAAGCAGUGAAAAUAAAUAACUUUUUUU